AUGGACGACUACGACGAAUUUGGCAACUACAUCGGCCCACUCUCCGACUCUGAGCUCGGCUCCGAGGACGACUACGCUCAGGAUGCACAGCCCGACGCGCCACCACCGCUCGAGGAGCCUGCGCCGCUCGAAGGGUACGACGAUGGCGUGGACGACGAGCGCCUCGGCAGCAUGGAGCUCGACGAGGAGGGCAAUAUUGUGCCGCAGCACGCAUUGAUACGAGUCGACGAAGGUCCGUCGAACGCAGUCGUGCUGCACGAGGACAAGCAGUACUACCCUUCAGCGUCCGAGGUGUACGGCGAGGACGUCGAGACCAUGGUGCAGGAGGAAGACGCGCAGCCGCUGUCCGUACCCAUCGUCGAGCCGGUCAAGGUUCGACGCUUUGCAGUGCAGGAGGAAGGUCUCCCAGAGACGCGCUUCGACAGGAGUUUCUUGUCCAACCUCAUGAACUUUCCGGACAUGGUGAGGAACGUUGCGGUGGUCGGUCACCUCCAUCACGGAAAGACAAGUCUGCUCGACACGCUGGUGUACGAGACGCACAAGAUGGAAGUGGACAUGGACACACACCUGCGCUAUACCGAUGCGCACCUGCUCGAGAGGGACAGGGGCAUCUCGAUCAAGUCAGCCCCUCUUUCGCUCGUCAUGGAAGGCACCAAGCGCAAGUCCUACCUUCUCAACCUCAUCGACACGCCUGGGCAUACCAACUUUCAAGACGAGGUCGCUGCAGCCUGUCGUCUCGCCGACGGUGUUGUGCUCGUGGUCGACGUCGUCGAGGGUGUCAUGUGCAACACCAUCCAGAUCAUCCGGCACUGCAUCCGUCAGAACCUCCCCAUCGUGCUCGUCCUCAACAAGCUCGACCGUCUCAUCCUCGAACUUCGUCUUCCGCCCCAAGAAGCAUACUACAAGAUCCGACACACCAUCCAAGAGGUCAACAAUUGCAUCGCCUCGUUUGACGCCAACCCGUCCCUUCAAGUCGGUCCAGAGCGCGGCAACGUCGCCUUCGCAUCCACGCAGAUGGGCUACUGCUUCACGCUGCGCAGCUUCGCCAAGCUGUACGCCGAGACGUACGGUGCCGGGGUCGACGUCGAUGCGUUCGCGAGGCGGCUGUGGGGCAACAUUUACUACAACGCCGAGUCGAGGAACUUUUCGCGCAAGGCGCCGGACGCAGAAACAAAACGCUCGUUCGUGCAUUUCAUCCUCGAGCCGCUAUACAAGAUGUAUACCGCGGUGCUAUCCUCCGAUACAGACUCGCUGAAAAGGACGCUCGCGGGCCUGGGGAUCCGCUUGAAGCCGGCGGCGUACAAGGUGGAUGUGCGACCCUUGUUGAGGAUCGUGCUGAACCAGUUCUUUGGGCCCUCCCAAGGGUUUGUUGAUUUGGUCGUGGACAAUGUGCCCUCGCCCAAGGAGGCUGCCGUUCAACGACCCGCGAAGAACUAUACUGGACCAUCAGAGGGGGCGAUCCACGAAGCGAUGGCAGCCUGCGACGCGGAUGCGCCCCUGGUGGUGCAGAUCACCAAGCUCUACCCAACGCUCGACGCGCAGGAGUUCCGUGCGUUCGGUCGGGUCAUGAGCGGCACCGCUCGCCCGGGUAUGCGCGUCAAAGUGCUCGGCGAGCAAUUCUCCCAGGACGACGAGGAAGAUCUCGCGCUCGCGACCAUCGAGGAUGUCGGCAUCAACGAGACGCGCUACGUUGUCCCGACCACAGGCGUCCCCGCUGGCAACUGGGUUCUCCUCACCGGCGUCGACGCCUCGAUUUCCAAAACCGGCACGAUCGUCGAUGCAUCGCUCCCGACCGAAGACCUACACAUCUUCUCCCCCCUCGAUCACAUGACGCAAUCCGUGCUCAAGGUGGCCGUCGAGCCCUUGAACCCAUCGGAACUGCCAAAGAUGCUCGAAGCCCUUCGACGCAUCAACAAGACCUACCCACUGGCGACGACGAAAGUCGAAGAAUCGGGCGAACACGUGAUUCUCGGCACGGGCGAGCUCUAUCUCGACUGUGUGCUGCACGAUCUGCGCGUGCUGUUUGCGGAGAUCGAGAUCCGGGUGAGCGACCCCGUGGUGCGAUUCUGCGAGACGGUGGUCGAAACGUCGUCCGUCAAGUGCUAUGCGGGGACGCCGAACAAGCGGAACCGGUUGACGAUCAUCUGCGAACCGCUCGAGAAGGGGGUUGCGGAAGACAUCGAGGCUGGGGUGUUGGAAAUGCGUAUGGCGCCGAAGGAGCUUGGCAAGAUUCUGAGGGACAAGUACGGGUGGGAUCUGUUAGCGAGUCGGAGCGUGUGGGCGUUCGGACCGGAUGAGCGGGGGGCGAACGUUCUGGUGGACGAUACGCUGCCGAGUGAGGUGGACAAGAAGCUGCUGUAUACGGUCAAGGAGAGCAUUGCUCAGGGGUUCCAGUGGGCGUGUCGGGAGGGACCGUUGGCAGAUGAGCCGAUGCGAAACGUCAAGUUCCGGAUCUUGGAUGCGGAGUUGGCGCCGGAAGCGAUCCAUCGUGGUGGAGGACAGAUCAUCCCCACCGCCCGCCGUGCUGCCUAUGCCGCGUUCCUCCUCGCCACCCCGCGUCUCAUGGAACCCAUCUACUCCGUUGAAGUCCAGACCCCCGCAGCGGGCAUCGCUGCCGUCUACACGAUAUUGGCCAAACGCAGGGGACACGUGGUCAAAGACACCCCUAAACCAGGCUCGACGCUCGUCACCGUCCAAGCGUACAUCCCCGUCAUCGACGCCAACGGCUUCGAGACGGAUCUCCGCAUCGCCACCCAAGGCGCAGCGAUGGUGCUCAUGAUGUUUAGCCACUGGAGCAUUGUACCCGGCAACCCGACGGAUGGGAGCGUCAAACUCAGGCCGCUGGAACCCGCACCCCCGCUGGGACUGGCCAAGGACUUUGUCGUCAAGACGAGGAGGAGGAAGGGUCUGCCAGAGGGUGUCGGCGUGGCGAGCUAUCUGGAUGCGGACAUGACCGUCGCGCUCGCUCAGGCGGGCAUCGAGAUGUAG